AUGUCCAUCUCGUUGUACAAGAUUGGUUGGUUAUGGAUGCAAGCAAUGGGUGUGUUGGGCAGCACUUGCUGCGCACGAAGACGAUAUACCGCCGUUCAAAGGCCACUGCCAACCGAGUUUCGGGGCUUAGCCUGUGGCGCAGCUGGAGAUGGCCGCCGGGGGUGGGCCUACCUAAUGGAGAUCCGCAUUUCCCAAGGAACAGGGCCUCUUUCCAACGUCCUGUCAUCCACUUCUGCUUCGUCUGACCAUGACCGUCGAUUCAAUCGAUAUCCCAUCAGAUUCGACGGCGCGCCCAUCUCGCGCCUUCAAUUCCAGGCUGCCUUCCUGCGCCAGACCACACCAUCCUUCUUCACCGACGCGAUGGCUCCCCGUGCCGAGCUGCAUGUUUCUGACACCAUCAGAUCGAGUCUUCUCGAUCGAACGACGCUGCCAGCAUUUGGGGAUACGAUCAAGCCGGCGGCAAGGCGACACUCUACUUUUACUCCGCGAGCCAUGGUGCUCGCUCCAGUAUCCCGCGCCGCCGUUGUGGCGCGGUCGGAAUCCGUAGACGCCGGCGUAAUUGCCGGAGCAGUUGUGGGCUCCGUCUUGGGCGGUGCCCUGGUGUUUCUGAUCUUAGGGUUUUUAUACUUCCGUUACAAGCGGAAAUCCCUCCAAACUGCCACAGACACCCUCUCGAGAAGAGUUUCGUUCCCUAGACAAGGCGAUUCUCAGGAAAGGGAUCAAGCCCAGUCGCUAAAAGAUGGGACUUCAGAGCGUGGUGUGCCCGUCUUUACCGAUGGGCCUGGUUUUCACCAAUCGCCCCAGUCCACGGAAAGGAAUGAUGCCUUGCAAGCUCCCGCCGCUUCAGAGCAACACGCCUACGUCCAAGAUUAUGACCCCUCGCCGUCUGGAAGGACCUCGGUCCCGUUUUCAGAGGGUCAAGGUACUACUACUACUACUACCACCUUAUCGAUGGAUUGUGCUGCGUUGGCCGCAGCUGCCAGCUAUUAUGACGAAACUAUACCCAUGGAUUCCGAUCCCGAGGUUGAACCAAUGGCACCACCAUCUAGACAGAUGACGGAGCUGUAUCGAGAGCAGCUCCGGCUUGCGCGAGAGAAGCGCAAGGAGCGCAAGAACAGCAAAGGUUCAACCAUUAGCCGAGUUCUAAACAGCAUGAAGAGGAAACGUUCAACCCAUUCUUCCGAUGUAACCCACGCAAGCCCCGUUCAAGCAUCACCUGUAUCAGAUCGUCAAGCAGAUCUACCUUUGGAAUCGAUAGAAGGUCCCAGUGGUGUACAGCCUGAACCUGGCCAGCCACGAUGGGACAUGAGUGCUUUCACAUCCGCCUCCAAAAGCGCCAGCAUAUACGAAGAACCUCAGCAAAUCAGCGAUGCGGUUGAAACAAACCAUCACCAAAAGAAGAAAUCCAAACGGAAGGUUGAUUCUCAGGACACAUUUGGGGUCCCACAUCGGCUGGACUCACUUAGGACGGCGUUACGAGACGAACCGACCCCAGACCCCCAAUUGCCCUCCUCAGCCCUAGGCCAAACAUCCUUCUCAUCCAAGGACUUUGCUCAUCAAGAGCCCGCCCAGACAGGGGACGAUUCUUUCCAACCGACACGAGAAAGAUUGCAGAGCCCAGGUAUACCGGAGCCCAUGGACGUGGACGUGGAUAUGGUGGAAUUCACAGACCCAUCCGGACGUCGUGCCAUCCGUGGUUCUCACUCUCCUCCUUUACCGCCAGAAUCAUUCAUAUCUCCCAUGGCCAUUUUACAGCCCACCACGGCCACGGAGAAAGCUGCUUGGAAUGAUGCGGAGGUCCUCCGAAUUGAAAAUAGCGCGUCACCUUCUGCUUCGCCGCAGCACAUUCCGGACGACCAGCAAGGCUAUGAUGGGAGUGACGAGGAAGACGAGGGCGCGGAUAAUGACGAGGAUGGCGGCCAAGACAUGAUUGCGGAUGGGUAUGGUGGCCAGGUGAUGGGUGCAGAUUACAAUGUGCUUCCAGCAAUCCAGGAACCUGUUCAGCAUGACGGUCCAUCCGACUACUCAACCCCAGGUCGAAGUUCAACGAAUCCAUCUAGUGGAAGGACACCUGAUACAACAAUCACCCCAUCCCCAUCUCCAGGGUUUCACGGCUUUGUGCAGCCGGAGAGUAGUGCCUCGCCGGAAACCGGCCUUUCGCUCAAACCGCCGUAUAAAUGUGAAGAGUGUGGACGCCAAUUCGACCAGAUACACAAGUUGAAUCACCAUAAGCGAUAUCAUGACCGCAAACACGAGUGUACCUACCCGAACUGCGAUAGGAAAUUCGGCACAAAGACGCAUCUAGAUCGUCAUAUCAAUGACAAGCACGAAAAGAAAAAAGGAUAUCACUGCACUGAACCGAGUUGCCCAUACUUCAAGGGCGGGAAAGCGUUCCCCCGCAAGGAUAAUUGGCGGAGACACAUGCAGAAUAAGCAUGAUCUAAGCCCAACACCCGAGUUGGAGGCAGCGGCUGGCGCCUGA